AUGCAUCUGCUGCUGCUACAGGUCGCUCGAGACCUUGAUGAGGCUACGAAUGGGAAUUCCAGUUGCCUGCAGAGGUGGUUUGAAUCGCGUUUGCAGCGCGAUACGCCGGAAUUUGAACAGCCGCCAAGUGUUUGGAUCGACGGUGCAUGGCCAGCACCGCUUCCUUCUGGUUGCAGAACCUUGUAUGACUUCGCCCAUGAUACAGUACGACACGCGCACCGCAUCUCGCUCGUGGCCAUACGACCAUAA